AUGGGUUCUACUAUACUUUCUCCCAAUCAACAAUCAAAAGUGAUGCAGGCAGCUUUUGCUGAUCACAAUGGAAGGCAGAAUUCUCCUUUGACUUUGAAAUAUAAGAAAGCAUGCUAUCAUAAUUAUAGGUUAAAGAGGCAUAAGAUUGCAGUUGAUAUAGACACGAUGGAGCCUGAGCAGAUAGUUGGCAUCUAUAAAAUACUUGAAAAGGAACAAAGCAUUGAAUCAUCUGCUCUCUGGUCCUGCUUCUUCAAUUACAAUGAGGUUAUAAGAUUGAGUCAGAGUGAAGUCUUUGAUGAAUCUUAGGCUUUGAAGGAUGCAUCAAAUCAGUAUUCUACUGAAAAUAGAAGAAUAGACAAGUUAUGCAACUCACCUGUGAGAUCUAAGUAUCUCUCAUAGAAUUACCUGGACAAUUACCUAUUUGUAGAGGGGAUCUGCAAAAACUUAAAGUUCUCUUAAAAACUAUCGAAGAUAGCAUUUUGCGGUUUGAGGCUUUCAAUAGAUUCAAUGAGAAUACUGAGUGAAUCAAUCAUUAAGAAUAAAGUAUUAAAAGAAGUGGUUUUUAACUUUUGCCUGCUUGAUAUUCCUAUGAUUGAGGCCAUAAUGCCUGCAUUGUGCUAAAAUACUAGCAUUGAAACGGUUAAUUUUUCAUGCAAUGGACUUGAAGACGAUACUGGCUAUCUAAUGGCGAAAAUAGUAUCUUCGUAGUCAGAAAGAAGAGAUCAAGUAGUAUGGACAUACUCGCUUAGAGGUGAGUUACCCCCUAAUGAUGAAUAUAAAAAUGGAUUAAAAUAGCUUAUUCUAAGUCAUAAUAAUUUCUCUGAUAUUUUGGCAAGUGAACUUAUCCUAGCCUUAAGAAAUGACUUGUACCUAAGAAGUAUUGAUCUCAGGAAUAACAAAAUUAGCCCACACUGGGUUGAAGAAUUUGUAAAACUAAUGAAGUCAAAUGGAUCACUGACUAAUAUAGACUUGAGAGAGAAUCCAGGCUUGACAAUAAAGUUACACAGGAAAUUAGCACUUGGCUUGCUAAGAAAUAUUUAGGAUCUCAAGGAAAAAGGAGAGUUAGAACUUGAUUCAUAGGAUGGAACAAAUGAAGAUGAAUCUGAGGAGAUCAAAGGCAAGUUCGUUAAGUUUAAUGUGUUCACAGUUGAAAUUCCUUAAAAAUUCAUGAAAAAAUUUUCUCAAAAAUUAAUGGCAAUAAAGAAAAGGAAGGGUAGUACUGGAAGAAACUCUAGCAUAGACCUUGGGAAGAAGGAUGAAUAGAAUAUCAAUCAGCAGAUUUAACACUAGGCUCAGAAGCCUAAGCUUUUGUCUAAGAAAUUUACUCCAUCUUCCUAUCAAUCAAGAGCAAGCACUGCAAUUACAAAGACUUAAAGUUCAAUGAGUAUCAAAUCUACCUAGAGAGGUAGCUCUAAGAGUUAGCCAACAUUAAAGAAAAAUUCUUAAUUUGCAAUGUCCUAGGAGAUUAACAUCUAAAAUGUGCUUAUGAAUGACAAGAACCUUGAGCCCAUUGGAGAGGAGUCAAAGAUAGAAAAUAGCACAUCAAUGAACUAAUUGAAAUAAAGAUACGAUUUAAUAAAUGAUCAAAGAACAAUCGAUCUCUAAGCAGCUAGGAAGGGUCACACAUAGGUAUCUUCUGUUGAAAUCGCUUCUCCCUAAUAGUAUCUUUAUCAAGACCACUAGCAUGAUGAACAUGAUUUGAUUUCAAUCGACUCCUCGGCUCAAAAGGUGCUUAAAUUUAAUGAUGAUGAUCUGUUAGAGCCAUUAAAGCAAAAAAAUUAAUGCAAUCACUGCAAGAAAUGCAAAGAUAUCUAAAAGCACUUCUAUCUGUCAGAGUCCAAAGGACUUUAACUAGCCAUUGAAAACUAUAAAUUGCGAAAAGUAAUUUAGACUACACUGAAUAACAACACUGGGGAGAGCCCAUCAGAGGCACUGAGUCUAAUUUACUCAUAAAAUUAAUCUUCACAUAGGUAAUCUGUGUUGAGUAAUUAGAAUCCUGAGAACGAUCAGCAGAUAAUUUCAAGGAUGGACGAAUUGAUGUAGGAGUUGAAGUACCUAGCUUAAAAGAUCGAAAUAAUCCCAUAAGAUAAAACUGCAUAUCCCGAUAAUUAAAGAUAGAAUCAACAUCUCAGUGAAGGAGGUGCUGCACAUUCAGCAGGGACUAAAUAACAAAUGAGAUAUAAGAAUAAGAAACGCUGA